UGUGCCCGCACACAGGUGUCCAAAGCCUCGUCGGAACUCAUGAGCUACUGCGAGCAGCACGCCCGGAACGACCCCCUGCUGGUGGGAGUCCCCGCCUCCGAGAACCCCUUUAAGGACAAGAAGCCUUGUAUUAUCCUGUAGCCGUGUUUUCUGUGCGUCCCUCCCUCUGUCUCCCUCAGCUAGGGCAUCACUCACUACGCAGUCAAGCAAAACAUCUCAAGUCCCAGAACGUUCAGUUCCCAAAGAAAGGUGAACAGCCGCCACGAUGGAUGGGGAAAAAUGUGUCCUCUGGGUUUAGGUGGAUUUUCGAGCCCAACAGCAGCAUCCCCUCCGGGCCCGGCUGGAAGACGCUGGGGGGGCCGCACGGCUUCCCAUCAGGAAUAGCAGAAAUGCCCAAGUGAUGCGCUCACGGCUUCCGGAAGCUCUCGGCUGCCGUCGGGGUAGCGGGCCAGAGCUGGCCGGGCCGGGCCAAGGGAAGGAGGCGGGUGACGUGGCCGCUGCCCCGGGCGCCCGGGCGGGUGGCGAGCCUCGCACCGUUGGCCGUCUGUGGGAAGACUGGGGCCGGGCCCAUGCUGCCGUGCGUUUACUGUUUCUUCUCUCCUGAGCCGACUAGAAUUGGGGGGUGCGGGGAGGGCCCAGCGGACCCUUUCGGAAACAUGUCUCCUCCUCGCUUAAGCCACCGUUACUCCACACGGCGGAGCCCAGAGCUCCGUGGCUGAGCGCACGGCUGCGCGUCGUGUGGAAUGCGCCCGCGGCUGGUAGGGGCCGGGAGGGGCCUCUGCCUGGGCAGCACGGCCCGCGUGGCCACGUGUCGCCCUGCGGCGCGGCCCCUGCCCUUCCCUGGGAGCCCACCCCUGACGAAGGCGGAUUCCCAGCAGCCUGCCCUGCCCGCGGAUCCGGCCAGCUGGGUGCCGGCCUGUCGGGAGCGCGAGCGGCCGUGUGGGUGGUUCGGCGCUGUGGUCACACUGUGCUCUUCUGGGCGGUUGUGUUGUGUCUUGUUUUCCACUUUCGCGCGUCGCCGUGGCCGUUUUGCAAGCAGGAGUGCGGCCUGCCGAGGCCCCGGCCUCGCGGGUCAGAAGGCGUCAAGUUCCCGGAAGCAGCUGCGGGGCCUCCGCGGUGAGAGGCCUAACCGGCUCGCGCUUCCCUCCCGUGGCUUUUCUUUAAUCACUUGGCCCCUGUGACGACCUGCACAGUUAAAGGAGCAGGAGGUGGAGGGGGGCCCCGCCCCUGCCCUGCGCCCCUGCCUUGCACCCCUGCGUCCUCCACCAGGAGGGUCCUCAUCUUACAGCCCGGGCCGGGGCCUCGUGCCAACCCCCCCGCCCCGAGAUCUUGCGAGUGCCAAGGCCCAGAUCCCACCAGCGCCAAGGUUUGGGGGUGGGGGGGAUGCGUCCCCCUGCGGCAGGUGACGUCCCCGUGCGGCUGGCUCCCCCAGGGCGCAGGCUGUACGGUCCAGCCUUGCUCCCCGGCUCCCAGCUCUCUCCGGCCGGUCCGGGAGCACCAGGGGCUUUGGGGAGCCCAGCUUCUCCAAACCUGCGGUUGGACGGGGGAGCCACGAAGGCCCGAUGCCCUGGCCACCUUUCACUGGGCGGGAACCAGCCUCUCACUGUCCCCAGCCGAACAGCAAGACAGACCAAAAGCUGUUUGCAGGGGGGAGGCCAGGGCACGGCGGGAUCCGCCCCAAGACUCGGGAGGCUGUUGGCAGAGCAAAGCCUGUCCGGGCCACUUCUGCGAAGAAGCCUUAAUCCCUGGAGCCCGUCCUUCCCCCUGCGUCCCCACCACCCCGGGCUGGUCCUCGGGCCGCAGGUCCCCAGCGAGGACGGGAGGCCCUGGUCUCGGUCCCCCCCUGCCCUGCCGGCUGUGCCACGCCCAGCCCCACCGUCUGUCCCCACCCCCGCCACCCAGGAGCCCGGCUCAGGGCGGUGCGGUUCGACGGCCUCGGGCAGCCCCACGGCCCGCUCUGGGCUCAGCCGGUGGUGCCCCCCCACCAAGCCCUGAAGUGAACUCGAACUCAGAGCCCCUGGGGCCGAGGGGUGUGGGUAAACUAGGCUCAGAGAGGGUGAGGAUGGGCGCGCCCCCCCCAAAGCCACACCUGCCCGCUGCCUCCCCCAGGGCCACUAGGGCCCUCGACCCCGGGGGGCGGCCGUCAGCAGAAGCCCCACCAUGGGUGUCUUUCUAGCUGAGGAAGAAAUGCUCCUCUUUUCCUUCUAGAGUAAGUGUCGUGUCCGUAGUGUAGACCCGUGCUUUCCCUGCGCGCGUCCCGCAUGAAAACCUUGUGUGCACGGCGUGUGCAGGAGCUGACGGAGACGGCAGAGCGGGCCUGGGGGAGACCCGCGUCUCUCGGCCACCUCGGGGCGGGGGACGUGAAGGGCACCGCCCCCAAAACACAGAGUCUGGGUGUCCCCAGGGGGCUGGCGGCCGGGGCGCCUCCCCUCCCCUCCCCCACUCCAGGCCAAGAAUUAAGUGACUCGGGGGGGUGACCUCUGGCCUGGGGGAUGUGAACCGCGGGCAGCGGAAGGUGCUGCCCUUCUUCCUGUGACUCCGGCCACCGUGCCCGGGCGCUGGGCCUCCAAGCAGCUCAUCCAUCUCUGCGCAGCCAGGGCCCCACCGAGCUCCCAGGGCAGGAAAGGCCGUCCGCCUGCCCUGAGGGCAAGGGACCAGGGGGCAGUUUCCGGGCCAAGGUGAGGCCACCAAAGGUCGCUCUGGUCCUCCAAGAACACUUACAAAAAGCCAGCCUGCCGCGGAGUCUCCAGAAAAGCCAUAGGUCGGACACUCCGCCCUCUUCCUUCUCUGUCCAUGGAAACCAUUGCCAAACGUUGCAAAGACCCGCUCCGGUUCGCAGAAGCCAGCCGUGGUCCUAGCAGGUUCUACCCCAUCUCUGUUUGGAUGUUCAGUGGCUUUUAUUUCUGGUUUAAAAAAAAAAAAAAAAAAAUUCCAGGUGUGCCACACCCACUUUCUUGCAGUGUUUUAAUAUUGUGUGGAAUUGUUAAUACAGAGUGACUAAUCCCCGCA